UUUGUGGUGUGGCAUUGGGUGGCAGAGGACCAGUUCUAGGAAACGAGUCUUCUUGGAUUUUCCUCGUCUUUCUGGUAGUUUCCGAUGGCCACUCCAGUGGGUCUUCUUCGAAUUCGGGUUCUGAGAGGCAUUAAUCUUGCCGUGCGUGACACCGUCAGCAGCGACCCUUAUGUUGCUGUCUCCAUGGGGCAACAGAAAUUGAAGACUCGUGUGGUGAAAAACAACUGCAAUCCUGAGUGGAACGAUGAGCUGACUCUUUCUAUUGAAGAUCUCAAUGUUCCUAUCAAUCUAAUAGUUUAUGACAAAGACACAUUUACUGCAGAUGACAAAAUGGGGGAUGCAGAGAUAGACAUUAAACCAUAUAUUGAGUGUCUAAGGAUGGGGUUGGAGAAGCUCCCAAAUGGGUGUGUAGUGAAGAGAGUUCAGCCAAGCAGGACAAACUGCCUUUCUGACGAGAGUUGUUGUGUUUGGAACAAUGGAAAAAUUGUCCAGGACAUGUCUCUCAGGCUGAGAAACGUUGAGUGUGGGGAAGUGGUGGUUCAAAUUGAGUGGAUUGAUCUUCCAGGUUGUAAAGGUUUGUCAAUUGAGAGCGAAACUGCUAAUGUUGCAUAAUAUUUAUAGGAUUUCAAGCUUUGGUGUAGAUUAGGUUGAUGUACUACUUAUUCUCUGUAAUGGACAAGGAGUUGACUGCCGUAUUAACUAUAAGAUCUGUGGUUUGAUAUGUAUGAUACAACUUGGUAUAUUCGCAUUAA